AUGACUGUGAGUCAAUUGUGGACAGCAGAGUCUUUUGGCCUCUGUUUCGAACGACUGAAUGACUCAUGUGUAAAGACUGUCUAUUCUCCUGUCAUUCGUGCUCCCCUCUACUUCCUCUUUGCUAUAACCAUCAUUGUGAUUGUGUUCGGCAACCUGUGGGUCAUCUGCACCAUCUCCUUUUUCCAGGAGCUCCGCACACCCACCAACUACCUGAUCGUCUCGAUGGCCGUAGCCGACCUGCUCCUGGGCAGUUUUGUCAUGCCCCCCGGUAUGGUGCGCUCUUUGGAGACGUGCUGGUAUUUUGGAGACCUCUUCUGCAAGUUUCACUCCGGCACUGAUUUUACGCUGUGUAACGCAUCUGUUUUGCACCUCACGUUCAUUUCAAUUGACCGUUAUUACGCAGUUUGUCAACCACUGCAAUAUCACAGCAGAAUUACCACGCGUGUGAGCAUAGCCAUGAUCCUGUUCAGCUGGUGCUUCUCUGCCUUUAUUGGCUUUGGCAUCAUAUUCUCAGAGCUGAGAAUCGAGGUAAAAAGAACCGAGGAGCUGCAUGUUGCUUGCAAGGGAGGGUGUUUAGCAUUGCAUGGAAGAGAAAUCGGAGUGACAUAUUCGAUUGUGUUUUACUUCCUCCCCAUGUUUAUAAUUGUCAGCAUUUACAGCAGGAUUUUUGUUAUAGCACAGAAACAUAUUCGUGUUAUAAAUAACUACCCUUCAAACUCAUCAGUUAGUAAAAAGGAUCUGAAAGCCACUAAGACGCUUGCUAUUGUCAUUGGAGUUUUUAUGUCUUGCUGGACACCUUAUUUCAUGUGUAACAUCAUAGAUCCUGUGGUUAACCACACAAUACCAGCACUGUUAUAUGAGGUUCUAAUGUGGGUGGCUUAUUUGAAUGCAGUAUUUAACCCGAUGAUUUAUGCUUUCUUUUACGGCUGGUUCAGACAUACAUUUAGAAAAAUACUCUCUAUAGCUCUUUUUUUAUAG